GUUCGGUUCGCAUCAGUCAUUAAUCGCACGUGAAUCUUGGUGGUACCGUAAUUUUUCUCUAUUUUCAUUUUCAUACACGCCAUGGCGACCAUCGAUAAAGAGGCGAUCUCUCAGUCUUAUCUCGAUGUUAGGGACGAUAAAUCUGAAACAAAUUGGGCUGUUUAUAAAUAUAAUGACAAGACUAUUGUGCACGCCGCAUCAGGAACUGACUACGAAGAAUUCCGUUCACACUUCACCGAGAGUGAACGCGUAUAUGGGUUUGUGCGCAUUGAGACUGGCGACGAACUAAGCAAACGAGCCAAAUUUGCCUUCAUAACAUGGAUAGGCGAGAGCGUGUCAUCAAUGCAAAAGGCUAAAGUCAGUACAGAUAAGGCUUCAGUUAAACAGGUUGUUCAGAAUUUUGCCGUGGAAAUUUUGACAAGCGAUACGGAAGAACUCGAUUAUGAUCACGUAAAAUCUGCUGUCGCUAAGGCUGGUGGUGCGAACUAUGGUACCGGAAAGUAACUUCUAGGCCGAAGUCCAAAAAAAAAAAAGGAAAUUGUUGCAAUUAUCUUCCUUCGUUAGAAUUGGUCAGAUUUCAUUUACUGAAAAUAGUAGCUAAAUAACUCGAAAUUUCAUGUAACUGUCUCUUGUGUAUACGUACCUCGAUUUCUCUGUACUACCCGGAUCAGGGAUAAAUGAAACUCUCUUUUGAUUAAUUACUGAAGUGUCAUAUCUAAAUUGAGGUCUAGCCAGUUCGACUAAAUUUGAUUGUUCUAAAUGUACAGAAAUACCUUCGUUUCGAGGAGGAAUAAAAUCUCUGGUACAAUUUGUUUUGAA